AUGGAUUUCUUAACGAAAAAGAACGAAGAAAAACUUGCUCUUGCAGCCUCCAUGAUCUCGAGUUUCAAUGCUUUCUUGGCGGGAGAUCUCAUGCCUUCGGGGGAGAUAACCCCAGAUGUUAAUCAAGUUGUGGAAGAAGACUUGGAUAAGCUGGAUGUGGCUUGGAAUAUGGCUAUGUCAGCAUUUAAGGCAGACAAGUUUGCGAAAAGAUAUGGACGUCGUCCUAUGUAUGCUUAUCCAGGAAUGCUGAAAGACAGAUUAAGUAACAAAGUAACAAAUACAGAAGCCGAAACUGAAACAAAAACGGAACCGGUUAACAAACCCGCAGAGGAGAUGAAGGAAAGUCCACCAAAUUCUGAUUCUGUUGAAAAUACUAAUUGUUCUAGUUUGUGUGCAGAGUCAGUAAGAACUGAAGAGAAGUCUAAAGAGGAUGAUGAAUCACAUCAAAGUGCUGCUGAUAAUACAGAUGAAUCUGGGGCUAUUAUUUUAGAUUAUGCAUGUGAUAAAAAUGACUAUGUUGAGAAUGCUGAAAAUGUUGAAAAUAAUGUGGCAGGAGAGCCUGAUGUGUCAUCUAAGGAAUUUGAGACAUCUGUUUCGAAUAAAUCAGAAAACAAUUCUGAUGAUUCAGAAAACUGCACCAAGGAUUCAGGAAUCUCAGAUAAUGAGCUCAAAUCUUCGAGCAUUUUCGAUUGUGAUGACCAAUCAGAAUCUAGCAGCAUUGCAAAAGAAGACAGUCAGACUAUCUUAGACACAGACAACUCAUCAUCUGAGUUACCAGAAUCAUCUAAUGUCGAGAGUUCAGAAGCUGAUCUGACUGAAGAAGAGAAAUCCAUAGAGUCCAAUUAUGCAGAAACCUAUGGAAACAUGAAAACUAUGGAGAAGGAAUCCAUAGAAAUCAAUUCCACAGUCGAAUCAGAUGAUGAAACUGUAGAAGAAAUUGUUGUGGAAACCUUCUCUGCAGAUUCUUCUGAGGAUAUGGUCUCUAAAGAAAACGAAAAUGUGAAAGUCACUUCCACAGACAGUUCAUUUAUCGAUCCCAAAAGUGACCUUAACAAAACAGAGUCAACUGAAUCUGUUCCCCGUAAAAGAAAGCGGUCACGUAGAAACAGAAGGCUAAAGAGAAAGAAUGCAAAAAGGGAAAACCCAAAUCUCAAGCAAACAGAACCCAAGCUCAAGGGUAAGGUCGCGGAUACUUACUCUUGUGCUGACACCCGUGAGCCGGGUUCAUCCAAGAACAAGCACCCUCAAAAGCACUCAGUGUCAAAUGAAUGGAAAAGACGUGAUCAGUUCUCGAGAAUAACGCAAGCUGAACUAGAUGUCUUUUUUCUCAAAAAGGCAGACCUGUUUUAA